AUGCCAAAGGCAAGAAGAGGGGGGCGGGAAAAGACAAAGGAAGAGAAAACGGCAACAGAGGUAGGUCAAAAUCCAAGAAGAAAAAGGAAAAGAAGGAAGGUUGCUUCGAAUGUGGUUCAGUCGAUCAUUGGAAGAGGAACUGCAAGAUUUUGGAAAGAGAAGAAAGCCAAGAGGGAAGGAAGCUCAGGUUCAGCUAGUGCAGUCACCGAGCAUGAGAGUGACGGGGAGCUUCUUUCAGUAACAUCAGGCUCCAAGGCUUUCACAAAUUGGAUUUUGGAUACCGGAUGCACUUUUCAUAUGUGUGCAGUAAGAGAAUGGUUUGAUACUUACAAAAAGUCAGCAAUGGGGAAGUUUUAA